AUGUCUGCUGAGCAAGAGACCAAAUCAACUGAAGAGACUAACAUCGGCGGAAACCUUGACGCUGCUGGUUCUGCUUCAGGCGCCGGGAGCAUAGGAGCAUCUGCCAAUUCCAAAAAGUCCGAAGAGAAACGGAAACCCAAGAAGCUUGGCCAGAAAAGCUCAGCGAACGGCACACCACAGAAGGACGAAGCCGACACUGAAACAAACGCCGGCGGGGACGACGAACCGCCUUCAACACCUGCACCUCAACCCAAGAUGGAACAACAAUCACGCUCCAAGUCACGACAGGCCAGCCGAGGUCGCGGUCGAGGAUCAAGUCAACCACCCAGUGACACCGACAGUGCCUACCGAAGCGAUGUGUCACAGAAGGGUGCGAAAAGAAACAGAAACCGCAACCGAGGGAAGGCCCAGGCACAAUCACAAGCACAGUCACAGGACAAGGACGGCGGCCUUCUCGGCGGAGGCGGUGGGCCUCUGGACGCCGUUGACGAGGUUGGCGAGACUGUCAACGGUGUCGCUGAUGGUGCCGGUGACCUGGUGAACAACACCGCUGGAAAGGCCCUCAGCAAGCCUCACGAGGCUCUCGGCGGCCUGCUUAGCAACAAAAAGGGUGGCCAGGAGGGAGAAGAAGAGAAAGAUGAAGGUGAAAAUGAGCAACUACGAUUACGGCUUGACCUCAACCUUGACAUCGAAGUCCAACUCAAGGCCAAGAUCCAUGGUGACUUGACUCUCGGCUUAUUGUACUGCUUGAUCAAGCGCUACGCCCUGCUUGUAUUUACUAUCGUCCCGCAGAUCAAUGCAUACCCACGACGAGAUCAUCAAAGUGGUCAAGGACCAUCAUGUUGGUGGUUGGUUGUGGUUGGGAUGUUUGUCGAAAGAUUGCGUUGUGUUACGGAUGUUGAUGUCAGUUUGCAUUUGGGCUGGCUGGCGAAGAUCGGUUUCUCAAUCAUCUCCCGAAGAUCAUACAUCUUCAACGCUAUCAUUGUCGUUCGAAUGCUAUGUCGCUUUGGCACGAGGAGCUUGGUUCUAUCCAACUAUCCCGCAAUAUGUGUUUCUAGACCGUGCUUUGUCCGUGCAGCCUCCGGCGCAUUUCCCGCACCCGGUCUUGCAAGCCCUCGAUGUCGAUAUGCAUCAUCGACGGUACUGCCACAAGUGGGAAAUUGGCAUGCCCAACCUGAAAAGCAGUUGACAUCUGAGACUAUCUAUGCGUUGUCUACCGCACCAGGUCGCGCAGCGAUAGCUGUCGUUCGCAUUUCAGGCUCGGCAUGCCUGGACAUCUAUCGCAAAAUCUGUCCUGAUCGGCCUCUACCAAAACCUCGCACUGCCACGCUGCGAAGGCUGUACGAUCCCGAAGGCAUACCUACGCCACGAUCUCAAGUCCUCGACAACAGCGCCCUCGUACUCUACUUCCCUGCCCCGAACACCGUCACCGGCGAAGAUGUGCUUGAACUGCACGUUCACGGCGGCCGUGCCAUCGUUCGCUCAAUCCUCGAUGCCAUCUCGGCAUGCGGACGGUCCCUGCAAGAGAGCGGAAAUGUUAUACGUCAUGCCGAACCAGGCGAGUUUACGAAACGGGCAUUCUACAAUGGAAGACUUGACCUCACGCAGGCGGAAGCAUUGGGCGAGACUCUUGCGGCUGAGACCGAACAACAGCGCCGCUUGGCUGUCAAUGGCUCGGACGGAGGCCUGGCGAAACGGUACGAAGAAUGGCGACUGUUGCUACUCUAUGCUCGGGGAGAGCUCGAGGCCCUGAUAGACUUUUCCGAAGACCAACACUUUGAUGAGUCGCCUGCGGAAUUUCUGGCUUCGGUCUCGACACAGGUCGAGGCCCUAAAGAGACAGGUUGAAAUUCAUCUUCAGAAUGCGUCCAAAGGCGAAUUACUCCGCAAUGGUAUCAGCAUAGCGUUGCUCGGAGCGCCAAACGCUGGGAAGAGUUCCUUGCUCAACCGUAUCGUUGGUCGAGAGGCAGCCAUCGUGAGUGCUGAAGAAGGAACGACGAGAGACAUCGUUGAUGUCUCGAUCGAUCUGCAGGGCUGGCUCUGUCGUCUCGGUGACAUGGCGGGAUUGCGUGCUGACGUUGUUGGAGUCGGCCAGAGUCAGGUUGGUGUGGUCGAGCAAGAAGGCAUACGUCGCGCACGAGAGCGAGCGCUGCAGUCUGAUGUUGUAGUAGCUCUUUUAUCCAUUGAGAAGACGACUGAGGGCACUUUUGAUGUCCCUGUCAACACAAAGGUUUUCGAUGCCGUUCAAGAGUGCCUCACUGUUGGCAAGACGGUCCUUAUUGUCCUGAACAAGGUCGACCUCCUCAAAGACGAGAGCCGGAGAGAAGAAGUUCUCAAAAACCUUCAUAUGCGAGUUGAAGAGGCUUUCCCAAUGAUUCCUGCCACUCGGAUUUGCGCUGUAUCCUGCAAAGCCGCAGAGAGCAGCUUGAAUCAAACAGAUGUCGGUGGAAUCCAGGCUUUCCUUGGGAGGCUGACAAACGUGUUCGCCGAGCUUACCGAAGCAGCCACCAGUGGAGAUGUCGAGAAUAUGGCUCCCGCCGAAGCGCAAUCAUACUGGACUAGCUCCCUAUCUGUCACGCACCGUCAGACCACGUACCUGAGGCAAUGCUUGGGUCAUCUUGAUGAUUUCCUCGAUCAGUCACGGCCACAGAUUGAUUCCAUCGCUCCUGCUUCGGACUCCUAUGUCGACCGACAUGAAGAUCUGGCUGGUCCGAACGAUGCCCUACAAGACGAGGUGGACAUCGUGACUGCCGCUGAGCAUCUACGCUUUGCAGCUGAUUGUUUGGCCACAAUCACGGGAAAGGGCCAAGGCGGAGAUGUGGAAGAUGUGCUUGGAGUGGUUUUUGAGAAGUUCUGUGUCGGAAAAUGAAGUCGAAAGGGAAAAAGCCUGAAGAUGCCGCUAAAUGCUUGGAAAGACUGCUGUUUGCGUCCGAGAAUAAUGUCGAAAUCAGAACUCCUGAGAAUGCCGCUAAAAUGAUCGAAUCGACGAGAAGAGUGCUCUUCCAGAGCUAUCGAGAAAAGAAUGGAAGACUGUGAUCAAACCAGGAUCACAAAAUCGUCGUCAGAGACGUGCAAUUAGACAUGAGAACGGUUCACAUGCUUUUCGGAGGGGAUGGCGAUGCGGCUCGCUCAAUUGUAUCCGCCACGGCCCUGGGCGGCUUGUUGUCGGUUGUAUCCACCUCGACCUUGAAUCAUGGCCAUCUUGUUGUAUCCUCCUCGGCCUUGUUUGUUGUAUCCACCGCGACCUUUCUGAGGAACAGUGCCUGCAGGGGUGUUGUAACCGCCUCGUCCGAUGGCCAUUUGAAAAAGAAGAGCUGGAUUAAGAACUUGAAGGAAAUAAAUGUUGAAGGUUGGAUGAAGACAAAGGAGACAAGGAAAUAAGGAGAUAGAGAUGGGAAAAGUCGUAGGGACCGGUUGGGCUUGUUGCUGGCUAGCUGGUUGCUGAUUGUCGAGGCAAAGAGAAAUAGAAAUAAGGAAAAGAGGUUGUAUACCUUAGUCUAGUGCUGGCUGAACUCGAAUGCUGAAUCGAAAUAAGGGAAUGCGAGCAAAGGAAAGAUUAAGAUACUAAUGUUUGUUGUUGAAGGAGUGUCUUGUUCUGGAGGAAUCAACAUCCCAAACAUUCGGGGUCUGAUAUUGAUAUAUAUCCUUCUCGAAGGUCAGGUAUGACAAAGAUAGGUAGCAGGUAGCAUGUGGUUCCG